AUGGUUGCCUCCCUCUUCGUUCCUCGUGAAACCGAGCUUGAGACCAAGUCCAAGGGCAUAUCAAAAGCCCCAGCCAUCAGAAUGAGCAAGAAGAAAUCCAAUCCCAGGGCACAGCAGACCAAUUACGGGAAUGCUUGCAAUGCGGAGUCUUGCCAUCCUUACGAUCAGCACAUGCAAUACGAAAGAUAUCACCAUGUUCCGGCCCAACAGGACUCAAACUCCCUUGAAAACGAUUCCCUGGUUGCAGUCGGCAUUCCUGUUGCAAAGGGCAUUCCGGCUGUUCCUCUUUCUGAUGAAGAUGUACAAGUUGCCCUUGUUCACGCUAUUGACGCCGACAACUUCAACUUUCUGCGGCGCAUGAUGAUGGUAGGGUGGUUGCCCAAGAACUCAGCAGAGGUUUCUCUGUACUUCUCUGAAGACAAUUCCGGGGCUAAAAUGUUCCGAAUCGACCUGGUGCAAGCAUCUGCCCUUCACUACGCGAUCGUAUGCGGCUCAAUCCAGUGCUUUGCUGCUUUGCUCGUGGCAUUCCCAAGCUUCGUUGAUAACGCCUGCUAUUUCAAGGAAGGAAGCUCAGCCACAGGGGAUUUCCAGCAAGUGACCACGUUUGAAAUGGCUUCUUUCAUGGUUCACUUCACUCGUCAUGAUCCAAUCAAAAACGAGAAGGCGAAGAAGAUCGCGGCUAUCCUUGACUGUAUUCAGCGACUUCCAUGGACCCAGCCCCUGCUCGCACACGAUACAACUUAUGAGCGUUUGGUGGCGGCAGGAGAGGAUGGCAACGAAUUGGUCAAUUCUCUUUACUCCGCGGCACUGCCAUGGCAGAAUGAAGAAGCGCUGUUUGCGUCAAUCCAAUUAGAUGUUUUUGAAUAA